GCAUUCGUUAAACAUGUUGGACUAAAUGAUUGGUUCGUUAGCAAAAUUUUUAGGUUAUAACACAAACAGAAAAAUAAGGAACAACAAUGAAAAAUUACUUAAAGCACAAUUUACGAAGACACUAUCCGUCUGGAAGACCAAGAAUUUCUGUAAUGAAAGAUCAAAUACAAGCUCUAAAAUCACCAUUAAAAAAUAUUGCAUCGUGUUACCCUCCCGGCAGGUAUCAAAUGUGUAGUGCUGCCGAAGAAGAACCAAACGAAAAAGAAAUGAAAAAAUGUGGUUGGUUGGAUAAUUUUUUUUGGAAUCAUAGUCCUGUGAGCAUACUAAAAGGAGAUAUAUUAGAAAGGGAUUACUCGCCCUUCAAAGAUAGCGGCCGUGCUUUUAAAUUUGGCAACAAUCUAAAAAAAUACUUUUCAGCUUGCAAUCUGUUCGAGAAAAGUUACCUCAAUUUCAUGAAAGAAAAUUAUAAAUCAGCCGAAAAUAUUAAUCCUUGUAACUCCAUUAAGUGCCAAGAUACCGUAAAGCAAGUUAAGUUUACAACAAAUGUUAAUACUUUAGUACCCAAAGUGAAGAAAUGUUCCAAUCAUGGACCUUAUUUGGACAGCAAAAGAACAAGAAGCCAAAGUAAUUCUUAUUUACGAAACAAUUUCUUAAGGCCGUCAAGUGAAAUUUCGGAUAAUGGCAGCAGGAGUUUCACCACGUUAGGUACGAAAUCAGAAUCAACUAAGACUAUUAUUCCAAAACCAUCGAAAAUUUCUCGAAACAUUCAAAGUUCGGUGGAAAACGCAAACCUCCUUGCUGACAGCGGGCACUUGGCGACCAAGGCUACUGAAAGAGCCUAUGAAAGAUUAAAGAAGAGAGAUUUUGAUUGGAUGAACUCAUUUUCCAGUGAGGCAGUGAUUCUUCAACCCUCAAGAGGAGAAUUCAGCAUUAAAAAGCUCAUCAAUAAGACCACUUGUCAAGAAAGACUAUGGGGAUUACCGCCCAGACAAUCUUAUGCUAAAACUUUAGGUCCUGGAAUGAAUGAUAAUUUAGUUCAAUACACGGCUUUGAAACAUAAAAUGCAAUCAGACUACAAGAAACAUAACUUCAUUGGUGACCGUUUAGAAACAAAUUUAAAAGUAAAAAAGUUAAUAAAAUCGGCUAAAGAAAAAAAUAAGCUAGUUGAACUUAAAAAAAAGAAAAACGUUUCAAAUAAAUAUUCUGCAAGAAACGUGCUAAAAACAAUCAAAGAUUCGAUAAACCUCAAACCUAUCGAUAUUUUGAAAAGAAAAGAAAAAACGGCAAAAGAUAACGAAGUAAGACAUCUUCAAAAAGCGAAUAAGAAAAGGACCAUUCUGAAUUUCAGAAUGCCCAAUCUCAAAGUAAUGGAAAAACAACAGAAACUGUUGCAGAAGGAUAAACCAUUAAAUAAACCACCUAUAACAGAAUAUCAAUCAUCUGCUUCAUAUAAACAUGUUUUUCAAGAAUUAUUUAAUCAAUCUAAUAAAACGAAGGUACAACCAAAAUCAUCCUUAUCUUUUUUCAAUCGGCAACAAGUUAGUAAAAAUGUUUUCCGCCCAGCUAAUAAUUUGUCGGCUUACAAUUUAGUACAUAAGAAGAAGAUACUGAAGAAAAGAGAACGUAGUACCCCAGUGCCAGAACGAAAUCGUACCGUGAAUCUAAAAAAUCAAGCUAGAACACCUUUUCAAAAACCUUCUAAUACCCAACUGACAAGUAAAUCAAAAGCUAGUUUUUCAACCGUAUCGAAAAUACCAAAAAUGACUAGACCAAUUGGCAUUAGGUAUUCUACGUUUUUUAAAAAUAAUAUAAACAUAACACCUUUAACGAAAGAAAAAAUGUCUGAACGUCCCCUCUGUACUAAUGAACGGAAAGAAAAAGAAGGAAACAAACCCAUAAUUAAGAAAACUUUAUAUAGCACUCUAGGAUACUAUCCUGCGAUCCCUAAUAGGAUCGUUAUGAAACCUAAGAAGAAAACAAAAAGUAAGAAAAACAACACUGCACACCCGAUUAAACCCGAAACUACGAAAGAAAAUAGAAGUCAUACUCAAUCAGUUAACUCAAAUAACGCUUAUUUUAGUCAACGAAGAUCCCUCAGCAGUAUGGGGAUACAAAUUGGAAACAUUAUGGAAAUGGACAAAUCGAUUAAAACUGUCACCGAACCUGUAAACGAAGAGGUUUUCAAUGAAGUUAUGAGUCUAUGCAAAGAAGAACCGACAAUGACGAAGGAAAAAACGGUACCGUGUUCAGAAAAAGAAAAAUCGUUGAAAAGGUAUGGUAGAUGUUCUCUGCAAGAAAGAAAGAAGCCAGAAAGGAGAAGAGGAUUUGUUUGCAGGAUAGCCAGUAUGCUUAAAAUUGGCUGUGGUCGCAGAAGGCGACCCAACGAAGGAUGCAGGGAGUGUGGAAAGAAAGCAGGCUAACUUGUAAUUUGUCUUUGAUCUGUAUACAUCAGUGUCUCCGUCAGUGUCUUUUAUGGUUACAAUAUAUUUUAUUUUGAAAUAAUUGU